UCCCAUAAAUGGAAUGUUUGGGGGCCCGUGGGAGUGGAAGGGGACAGGUAUAAAGAAGAAGCGAGAGGCCCGGGGAAGAGGCCCUGUCUAAGCGGCUGGACACGGGAGCUGAGGGCACAGGACCCGGCCACACCACAGCCUGCUCUUCUGCAGCCCGGAUGGCGCUGAGGGCGGCUCAGACAGGAUUCGUGGUCCUCAUGUUCCUCCAAAGCUGCUCUGCGUACAAACUGGUCUGCUACUACACCAACUGGUCCCAGUACCGGGACGGUUUUGGGAGCUGCUUCCCGGACGCCAUCGACCCCUUCCUCUGCACCCACGUCAUCUACAGCUUUGCCAACAUAAGCAGCAACGAGAUCAACACCUGGGAGUGGAAUGAUGUCACCCUCUAUAAAACGCUGAACACGCUGAAGAACAGGAACCCCAACCUGAAGACCCUCCUAUCUGUUGGAGGAUGGAACUUUGGUUCUCAAAGAUUUUCCAAAAUCGCCUCUAAGACCAGGAGCCGCAGGACUUUCAUCAAGUCGGUGCCACCAUUUCUGCGAACCCAUGGCUUCGACGGGCUCGACUUGGCCUGGCUUUACCCUGGAUGGAGAGACAGGCGCCACUUCACCAGGCUGGUCAAGGAAAUGAAGGCUGAGUUUGCAAGGGAAGCCCAGGAGGGAACGAGACAGCAACUGCUACUCAGCGCGGCAGUGUCCGCGGGCAAGGUGACCAUCGACAGUGGCUACGACGUCGCCCAGAUAGCCCAACACCUGGACUUCAUCAACCUCUUGAGCUAUGACUUCCACGGAGCCUGGCAUCAGACCACAGGACAUCACAGCCCCCUGUUCCGAGGCCAGGCAGACGCGAGUUCUGACAGAUUCAACAACGCUGACUAUGCCGUGAGCUACGUGUUGAGGCUGGGGGCCCCGGCCAAUAAGCUGGUGAUGGGCAUCCCCACCUUUGGGAGGAGCUUCACUCUGGCCUCCUCCGACACUGGCGUGGGAGCCCCGAUCUCAGGGCCCGGAUUACCAGGCAGCUUCACCAAGGAGAAGGGGACCCUGGCCUACUAUGAGAUCUGUGACUUCCUCCACCAAGCCACAGUCCAUAGACUCACUGUCCAGCAGGUCCCCUAUGCCACCAAGGGCAACCAGUGGGUGGGGUACGACGACAAGGAGAGCGUCAAAAACAAGGUGCAGUACCUGAGAAACAGGCAGCUGGCCGGUGCCAUGGUGUGGGCUCUGGACUUGGAUGACUUCCGGGGUGCCUUCUGUGGCGGGGGUGUGCGCUUCCCUCUCACCAGUGCCAUCAAGGACGCGCUCGUCGAGGCUUAGCCCCUGUCCUGCACACAGUGGGGCGAGCAGCAUCCCUGCCGGCCCGGAGCCUCAUCGCCCGCCCUGCUGAGUCCCCGACUGAGCCUCAGUCUCCCUCCCUUGGACCCCAUGUGGAGGGCCACAGAGGAGCCAUCUGAGCUCAGCUCCAGUGGACCAGCAGGUAGAGGUGGAGCCGUAGGCAGCUAAGGCCUGGGGGCCAGCACAGUGUAAGACACGGGGUCAGCACACCCCUGCUGAUUUGUGAAAAUGCUCAAUGAUCCCAGACCCACCCAAGGAGAUUUCUUGGACUCCCUUACCCCCAGGCCUUCUUGCCAAAGGACACCAUUUGGCCAGCACAAGUAGCCAAGCAUCUCUCAUGGAGCAGCCGCCAUGCUAAUUACAGCCUCUGCAAAGCCCAACUUGAAACCUGUGCUCGGGAACAUUAGCACGUCUCCCCUCCCGCUUCCCUCUCCUAAUUCCACGGCUGCGGCUCAGUAAAGCUCCAGGGCUUCACGUGUGCUGGCGCUUGCUUCGGCCUCUUUGUGGCCCUAUGGGAUCCCCUGGGCUCCCCUCCCUGGUCUCUUCUGGUUUCCUCUCUCUGCCUUGGGGGCUUGGAGUUUGUAGAAGGUGCAGAAGGCGAGGCUACCCUGGCCUCUGUUGGGCCCCAGGGAGCCCCAAAAGGAGGCCAGCCUCCCCAGGUCCAUCCACCGUGGACUUGAGCCAGGAGAGCUGACGGCCUUCCAGAUAGUAAAGUAGCCCAGACCUCUUGACAUAGAUCCUUGUUGAAAGAAGACUUUUCUGUUUCCUGAAGGCUAGCAGGUAUUAGGAAAGAUUCAACAUUCCAAACCUUCAUUUCUUCCGAGGCCCUGGCAGGGGUAGGGAGCCAACCCAGGGCCAGGUUAGAGAGCCCUGGCCCUGGCCAUUCAGGGCUCCAAGGAGACCCCAAUGUCCUCCUGCAUCCCCCCUUCAGCCCAGGCCUGGAGUCUCCAUAGGGUGCUUGAGACGUGGCCAUCCAGCCUCCUCUGAGACUCCCAGAGAUCAGUGGGUGGCCCAUGACCUUAAGAAGCCCCUUCCAUUAGGGGCUUCUGAAAUACGCCAGAUGUCCUAGAGCUGCAGCUCAGCCCCCUGUCUCCCUUGUCUCUCCUCUUGGGACACACUAGGCCCUCAACCCAAGCAGAGACAAGGCUGCUUUGCUCUGGCUGCCCGGGGACAUGAGGUAGCAGGCAGGUGGAAUGGGAAUACAGAUGAGACGGGAUGGGCUCAGAAGACCAGCCUUUAUGAGGUAGAAACGCUCUUAUCAGGUUUCUGUAGAAUUCCCAGGGCCCCAGGCAUGCCUUGUAUCCAGAGUCAAGAGACACACUCCAAAAUCAAAGAGAAUUUAUGUGUGGAUUCCCUCAUGUUCCGAUUAUCCGUGACUUGGCCUAGUGGUUUGUGACACUGGUUUGAGGUGUAGGGAAGGAAGUACCUAUUGGCCACCCUGAAAUCUGAACCAGCUGGAGCUGAGCAGAUGCGACCGAUCCCAAGGUCACAGCCCUGCUAAAGGCAAAGAAAGUGAGAGCUUGGCCAGAGCCUCGGGAGGGAAACUGGCAUCUCAUCUCGGGCCAGUGGGGCCAGGGAUUCCCUAAUCCCUGCUCCUUGCCCACCCCACCACACAAGGGUCUUCAAAACCCCAGAGGCUUCGAGCCCUCCCAGGCAGCCAACCCCCACCCCUCCUCCUCCCUGGAACCACCCUUCCCCCAGCCUGGGACAAGCUCCGCAGGGCUGACUCAGGGUCCUGCAGAGUUAGUCACAUUCACUUAUAGCUGCGGAGUCACAGGCCAGGGAUGGGGAUCGGGUCUCCGGGGCCCGCCUCCUGCCUGGCAGGACACUGAGUCACCUGGCAGAGGGCACGGGCACCCAGGCAGGGCCGGACCCUGAGGCUCCCCAGGCCCUCCACUGCCACUCCGCAAUGAGGACAACCAGCAGGGAAAGGCAGCCACACUCCUGCGUGGCCAGUCCUGGGGAAAGGGGAGAGCCUGCGUGCGGCUGAGGGCCGUGAAUAAAUGACACGUGUAUUUA